AUGUCGACACCUCUCAAGUCAUAUCUCGGCCGAUCCAUCGAUCUCCUGCGUCGAAGCACUGCAAAGGUGGUACAGAGUGAACCCACUCCUACAGCAUUACCAUCCACAAUAUUCUCAUUCGACUCGUCUCAUCCCCCUGUGGACAAGAUCGAUCAAUUCGGAUUAGGUUCAGAUAUCGAAGUUGGGGGUCUAUCUACUUGUAAUCUCGCUCUCAUCCCUUCUUCUUCCUCCGCCCCUUCUUCACCUCCACCACCCACUUCGAAUGGUGAUGAUGAAGGCGCAGAAUCAAGUUACUCACAUAUGGCAUUCUAUGGAUACCUGUCGACGAAAAUCCCACAAAGCAAAUUAGGUCAAAUCCGAACGGGAUAUGCGGGAUUCAGGAAUAUCUCUAAACCCACUUUGUUCGGUCAGGAUAAUUGGGAUUUGGAAUUGUAUAGUCAUCUAAAAGUCAAAGUGGGUUAUCGAGGUUGGGAGGGUUGGAGGAAUAGAUGGGUCCUCAACAUUGGUAUUGAUGGUAGACCCAAAUCAGAUGUCUUUCAACAUCGACUCGAACUUCCACCCACCCCUUCAUCCUCAUCAUCUAAAAUACCUUUAGAUCCAUUCGCCUUCCCUUCCCAACCCACAUCAUUCUCCACUCUCUACCUUCCCCUCUCGUCAUUCGUCCUAAUCAAAAAAGGUGUCAUAUCGCAUUCCCCUAUACCGAUGCCCAAAUCGUCCAUACGAACUAUAGGUUUUGCCCUAUUAGGUAGGGAUAGAGGGGACGAUGGGCCCUCUGCCCCGACUCAGAGCCAACAGGGUCUGUUGAAGUCUUUCAGGUUGGGCGGAUGGGGUAAAUCGGAUGCUAGUGAGGUAGAGGAUGAUAAGGAAUUGAAAGCUCUUUUGGAAGAGGAUCAACCUCCCACAUCGGCGCAGGCUCAAACGCAAAUACCAAGGAGAUCUACUGGCUCACCAACUACAGGAUAUCAUAGAGUAGGAGGGGGUACGACCGAGAAAACACCUGCCUCGACUGCCCGUAAUGGUGGGAUUGACGAGGUGACAAGCGGACAGGAAGAGAGAGAAGGGUAUUUCGAACUUUGUGUUAAAAGUGUGGAGGCUGUCAGGUGGGAUCCAGAGUCGGAUGAGGUCGGGGAUGUAUGA